AGAAGAAAUGAGAGGAGACCUUUGGCCGGUUCAGUGAUUCUUACUACACACUGGGCAGUGCCUAUAAAACCUGAGCCCCUCAGAACAUCUACUGUCUUCUCCGCUGAGGACUCAAAAAAGCUCAGUAUCUACGAGGUAAACUCGAUGAAAGCUGAAGCCAUGUCCUUCACCAAGACAUAUUUCCUGUGUCCGACAUCCGAUUUCAUAUUUCCACCACCAACGGGCCCGCUAUGCCUUGGGUCUAUAAUCCGCUCUACGUCAGCACCGCAAUUCCCUCUGAACAGAGCGAGUGUUGUUACCGUGGCCAAUGAAUUCCCGCCUAUCGUGGAGACCAACUGGAAGAAGACUGUCUCAACUGAAAAGGGGGUUGGACUAGGUGUCUACGCACAAUUCUUGCAGCUGGCCACCGGUGGACUGCCCCUUGGUCCCGAAGUGAAGGUCGAGCACUCGAACAAGAUGAAGAAUACCUUCGCCUUCGACACGAUGACGACUCUGUCUUUCGAGCCUACCCAAGAAUAUGUCGAGCAAGCUGUCAAGGGACCAGCCGUGCAGGCAUGGCUGCGGGAGCCUAGGCAAAAGUUUGCGCUCAUCAACGCGCUCUUCCUCGUCACGGGUAUGAAGCUCGUCAAGGGCGCCAAGAUCAAGUACUCGACUUCGCAGAGCACGACGGUGAAGGGGAAUCCCGGCAUCGACAUAACCGCGCUGGGCGCGACCUUUGGCCCGAAGGGGCACUGGACUCGCGCGGACGAGGACGCGGUCGAGUCCACUUGCGAGGCGGAAUUUGUGUUUGCGUUCCGCGUCAAGAGGCUUAAGUUUGGGCGGAGAGUGAAGCUGGAAGAGUACAGUAAAGGCGCCUUUAUGGCCGUUGGUGGGAAGGCAGAUGAAGGCGAGUGUGUCUUGGUUGAGGAUGUGGAUGGAGCUGGUAUUGAGACGGCUGAGGCUGUUCCCGAUGAGACCGAGAAUGGAAACGUCUAUUGCGUUGCUGCUUGAUUAGGUAUCGAAUCUUAGAUCGCAAGUGAGGAGCUGUGUUCAGUAUAUAAGGUGCA